GUCUUCGGGCUCUCCCUCGUCUACUUCCUCAGUAGCACCUUCAAGCAGGAAGAAAGGAUGGUGAGAGAUCGGAAUCUCCUCCAAGUGCAAGAGCAUGAGCAGCCGAUCAUGUGGAAGGUGAAGUUCAGUUCGGGGAACAGCAGUCAGCUGAGUAACCAGUGCAGGAAUUCUGUGCAGGGGAAGCUCCUCAUUACAGAUGAACUGGGCUACAUCUGUGAGAGGAAGGACCUACUGGUAAAUGGCUGUUGCAAUGUCAACGUGCCCAGUACGAAGCUGUACAGCUGCGACAGCUGCCUUCCCAAUGGCUGCUGCAGCGUGUAUGAGUACUGUGUUUCCUGUUGCCUGCAGCCCAACAAGCAACAUCUCCUGGAACGUUUCUUGAACCGGGCGGCUAUUGCUUUCCAAAACCUCUUCAUGGCAGUGGAAGAUCGCUUUGAGUUGUGUCUGGCGAAAUGUAGGACUUCAUCACAGAGUGUGCAGCAUGAGAACACCUAUAGAGAUCCAAUUGCAAAAUACUGCUAUGGUGAAUAUCCCCCAGAGCUUCUGCCUGUCUGAAAGCUGCAUGAUCUAAGCAACAAAGGGAAGGACCUGGAGACUAGAAUCCAAAAGAGCAAGACGACAGCUGCUGCCUUACAGGAGCCUCAGUGUAAAUGGUUGAUGUUGUUUCUGGGGACAAACCCAGAGGUGUACAGUGUAAGCAAGGGACUGAAAUUCUUCGGGAUUGAAUCUUGCUUUCUUCAGUUUGUUAUGCACCUGCUUUAGAGUACUAGGUAUUAGUACUUUAAAUAUUUCCUCUAAACUUUAGGAUGCACGGAGUCGAUCUAGGCUAUAAAACAUCAUAGGAAAAAUAUCUCAUGUAGCUUUGCAGCUGUACGUGGAUGUUCAGUUGUGUCUCUGCAGUCCAGAGACUUUCCAGAGUGACAGUAAUAAUUGGAGGACUUUUGCUUUUGGGGGGUAAAGCAUGCCUGUUGUGCUUCUCUGGAGCGCUUCUUGCCAUGCAUGGUGUACACUACGUAUGUAAUUAUGAAUUAUUUAUUCAUUUUAUAUGGAUUACUAGCUGGAAGUAUUGAUGCUUUGCAUAGGUAGUUGUUGAUGCCUUUCAGUCCCUGGUUUGUUAUGUCAGGUAGAAAGGAUAUUUCCGGUCCUGACUAAAAUUGGUUGGUUUUUUCCUCCUUAGUCUAAAGGAAUUGUAUUGGGAUUUGUCACUGUAGUGCUUAUGUUCCUCUUUAGUGAGUUUAAAGCAUUUAGAACUCCAAUGGAGUUGUUAUUCUGUCAAAGUCCCAUAGCACGAGAGAAGAGCAGGGGUCUGCCUAGGAUGGGAUGUUUAUUGUCUGUAAACACUUCCCUUGUUACUCUGCAACAGUUUCCUCGAAGAGGAGUCUUAGUCUUGUAAACAGCUCUCUGCUAGUCCACGGUCUGACAGGGAGCACUGAAGAUUUGUUUGCUUGAACUUGUUCAGGCCUCGGUAAUUCAAAUGUACUUCACUCCUGGUUGUGCAGGAGGCAAAAGGGUGGAGUUGUACUAGGAUUUCAGUUUAAUGAUGUCCUUGUGCGUGAAGUAAUGUCAGAAGAUGGCACAAGCCCUCCUCUGAGGACAACUGUGUUGCACGAGUUCAGUUUAAUGGUCAUGAUGAUUUUGAUUUGCUGUUUGACACGCUACUCUGGAACUUCACUCUGAUCACAGUGGCACUAGAACAGGGUUGGUUUUCCCACAAUUUCUCCUAGCUCUCUAAAGUUGCAAUUUAAACUGUCUCCCUCUUAAGGCCACUCAGCACAGAAAAGAUGGCAGAGAGCCUGUAAAAUGCUGGCUAAAUUUGUGUUCCCCCUGCGAGUCGCUGGGUGAAGUCCAAGCGCUAGAUAAAACUGGGCUGUUCUUUUCUAUAUACAUCCAUCUCCUCCAUGAUUUUGACUGUGUGUAUGCUUGUUUAUAGUGGUACGUCCUAUUCCCUGACUGAAAUAAAACAAAGGCUUUAAAAAAAAAAAAAGGCACAGUGGUGGAGUAUCCUGGAGCAAAAUAUCUGUAGAAUGCUAUUGCAAUUACGUAUGAUAUA